AUGUUGCCAGGAACUCUAGGUACCGCUAAGCCGAACCCAAAGUAUCUCGAAAUGGAGGAAAGACUCGCUAGAGAGAUGUCCAGGAUGAAAUUCGACACUGAAAAACAAAAAGUUGAAAUAGAUAGAAUCUGAACUGAAAGUGAUGAAAUCAAAGAAUUACAAGAGAAAAUUAGAAAUGCAUACCUCAACAAGGAAAGAGCAGCUCAGCUCGCAGAGAGUCAGAUGAAGAUCCACAAGGAAGUAGAGGAAGACGCGAGGAUGGACAUGGCAAUGCUCAGAAAGAAAGAACUUGAAGAGGCCCAAGAGAGAGCAAUGCAGCAUCAAGAAGCCAUUAACCGCCUCGAAAAUAAACAUAGAAUUCAGGAGCAGAUGAGUGAGAAGGAAGCUCUCAGACUUCAAGCUCAGAGAGAGGAAUUCGAAAGAGAGAAGUCUCAAGUUGAAGCUGUCGUUAAUAGGCUAAUUGAGGAGGAUGAAGAAAUGUCCAAGCUUACUAAACUCAAGCAAGAGCAGGCUAAAUUAGAUAUGAAGCAGAGUUUUCUAGAAAAAAGAAGAAAUGACCAAAGGCUCAAAGAAAUCGAAGAGCAAGAAGAAGAAAAUGUCCGCAGAUAUGCAGAAGAACAAGCUGUCAGAGAGGCUGGAAUCAGACGAGAAAAGGCCAAACUAGAAGCAGAAAGAGAGAAAAUAUUCAAAACUCUCAAGGCAGAAGAGGAAAGAAGAAGAGCCGAAGAGGAAUACAUCGAAAAUCUCAGAGUUGAACUUUACCAAGAAGAAUUAGAAGAACGUGAAAGAGAAAAAGAGAGACAAGAAGCUGAAAAACGUGUCAAUGUCAUGCAUGAACUCCUCAGAGCCCAGGAAUACCAGAAAAUGCUCAAAGAGGAAAGAGAGGCUGAGGAAAGAAGAAUAGAAGAGGAAUUCAAGAGAAAAAUGUUCGAAAAAUUUGCAGAAGAUGACAGAAUUGAACAACUCAAUGCUCAAAGAAGAAGAAUGAAAGAACAAGAGCACAAAAGAGAAGUUGAAAGAGAACAGAGAGAAAUCGAAAUCCAAGAAAAACUUGCUCAGGAAGAGGAAGAAAAUCGCAAAAAAGAUAUUGUCAAAGCUGAGAUGGAGAAACUGCUUGCUGAGCAUGGAGAUAUUCUGGAAAGAUAUCAUCCAAAAGCAUCUACAACUUAUACAAAUGGGUUUAUGAAAGGUACUCAAUAAAAUUAAUAGAAUUUAUCAAUCA